CGACAAAAUCUUAAGGAUCUUAUCGCCCACAUGGCGAGUAAAAAUUUUGUCGGACUUUUCCGGAACCCGACCGGGGUUUGACUCUACUUUUAAAUGCACUUUCGUUUUCACUAUUUGCUACCGAUAAAACGUUUUCUAGAGACAGACUGUUCAUUGGAUCAACGUCAUAAGAAGACGCGCGAUUAGAUUCACGAUGUGGAAAUUUAUACAGGGGGUACCUAACCCAGUAGAAAAAAGAAAAGCAGACCGCAAGGAGUACUUCGUUGAGUAUGACAGGAAAAGAGCAAGAAAUUUUAGUGCAAAAUGGACAGAGAAUAGAACAUGGCUGCUCAAUACCGAAGCGGGUAUGAUAUGUAAAUGGUGCAGUGAACAUUGUCAUUGUAGUGAUCCUAAAUCAAGUUUUAUUAAGGGUUGUCAAUCUUAUAAAAUAGACGCAAUUGUGAAACACGAGGAAUCAAAAAUGCAUGUUAGAUCAAAAGAAAUUGAAGAACAGUUGCAGAAACCGGUUCAGAAAUCAGAGGCAGCAAACAUUUUGGUUACAUUAAAUAAAUGUAACACAGAAAAACUAGAAAAAAUGUUUAGAACAUGUCAUGCUCUUGUUUUAAAGAAUCGGCCAAUUUCAGACUUUAUGUGGCAUAAUGAUUUGGAUGAGAAAAAGGGAAUUCAAUUGGGCACCACCUACAGGAACAGAGAAUCUUCUAAGCAAUUCGUGCAAGCUAUUUCUGAAACAGAAUUCCAAAAGGUAUCGACUACCAUAAGUAAAGCCAAAUUCAUCUGUGUCAUAGGGGAUGGGUCAACAGAUUCUAGUAUAAAGGAACAAGAGAUGUGGUUCAUCAGGUCUUGUACCUCAGGAGUUGUUAAUGUACAUUUUGCAGGUGUUCAUGCUACAGAUAAAGCUAAUGCAGAAAAUAUUGUGAAAGGUUUGCAAAUUAUUGUACAAGAAAACCUUAAAAUACAGUGGAAUGACUUUAAAUCAAAGUUAGUUGCAUUAUCAUGUGAUGGGGCGAGUGUCAAUACUGGGAAGAAAGGUGGAGUUGGUGCUCUUCUGAAAAAUCAGCAGCCAGAUAUCAUUGUAAUACACUGUAUGGCACAUCGUUUAGAACUUUCAUUGAAAGAUGUCUUGAAAAAGAUUCCAUUGUACCAAAAGGUAGUUGGUACCCUUCUGAAGGGAUUGUUCUACUUCUAUCACAACAGUGCACUUAACAUGGCAAUGCUGCGUAACACGUACCAAGCUUUAAAACAGGAUGGUGAAAAGUUGUUGAUACCAACAAGAACAGAUGGUACUCGCUGGGUGGGCCAUCAGUUGUUAGCAGUAACAAAUGUCCUAACUUCCUACAAGUUUAUUGUGGGCCACAUGGAACAGCUUGUAGAGACUAGAGAAAGAGUUUCAACUGAUUCCAAAUCAAAGGCAAGAGGCUUCCUGGCAAUGCUGAAAUCCAGGGAUAUAGUUUCAUUCCUCCUGUUCAUGGUUGAUGUCCUCUCUCCAUUGAAAUACCUCUCCCUCAUGCUUCAAGAAGAAAAGGCUGUUCUGGCAAAUCAGCAUCAAGCAAUUGAAUGUACAUUAGAGGCUGUUAAGAAAUUGAAAUCAAGUGAUGGGCCAUUUUUAAGAAAACUUGAAGGCAAAGACUCCUACCAUGGUAUCCAAUUGACUAAAGAGAGAAUAUUCAAGUUUGCCCAGCAAUCUGUGUUGGAUGAAGUUACUCUUGCUGUAUCAAAGAGAUUCUCAGACUUCUGUCAAGAUGUAACUGUUGUGAAUGCAACAAAGAUUGCAGACUUAAAAGCUUGGCCAGAAGACUGGGAGUUACUAAAAGUUCCAACUUUGUCAAAGUAAUUACAUGGUCGCAAUUGAAUAUUUGAUUAUUUUGGUGACAAUGAACUCCACCUCAUAUUAGAGAAAUUUGGAGGUACACUGAAUUCUGCAGAGGUCAAUGUAGAGCAGGCAGAAAUGGAAUGGACCAUGUUAAAGAAAGCUGUGAAUGAAAGGUAUUUCAAAAAUGUUGACUAGCAACAAUCUUGCUUACCAAUUUUUGGCAUGUACUUUCAAUUUAAACUUUAUUAUACUUUUGUAGUGAUUUAAAGAAUUCUCCUGACUGGGAAUUCCUUGGAAAGAAGUACAAGCAGCAGUUUCCCAACAUAUUAGCCAUUGUGGACCUGAUAUUAACAUUUUCUCCUUCAAGUGCUCAAGCUAAAAGGGGUUUCUCUCAGCUCAAAAUUGUCAAGUCAGACUUGAGAAAUAGAUUAGGGCAAAAUUCCUUAAACAACAUCCUUGCUAUUAAGUUUUUGUCAGAUGACAUUAAAUCAUUUGAUCCAAAUAAUGCCA